AUGGCGCAGCCGCAACCGCAGGUGCCGCAGGCGCCCGCCCAUCAACAUCAAUCUCCCCACAUGCAGCAGAUGCACCCACAAAUGCAGAUGUCGCAGAUGCAGCACCAUCAGCAACAGCAGCAGCAACAGCAACAGAGACCUUCGUACUCUCCUCCCCAGCACACUCCGUCGCCCGCCGGCACCCCUCAGCCCGGCUACGCGAUGCCUCCCGCGAAGCGAUCGCACAUGUCGCCCACCUCUCCCCCGCCUGCUCAGCAGCCUUACGUCAAUGCGCCCUAUGCAACGAACCCUCCGAUGACCGCUACGACUCCGGCGCCCGUCGCUUCACCCAGUUACAGCAGCAAUCUUGCCGUGCCCGCGGCUGUUCAGCACUACAACAAUACCGCUUACAUGAAUGGCAAUUCGUCGCACUCGCCCGCGCACACCCCUCUGCAGACACCCGUCCAUACCCCGGUACUGUCGCUCCCCGACACCCGUCCGUAUCCCACGUCGCCGGCUCCCCUUGGCCCCAUGGCCGCAUCCACCCCUCCGACUCCUCAGCAGUACACAACGGCGACUAUGGCCCCAAUUACCGCCUCACCCCUUGCGACGCCCGGGGCGAUGGGCCCUCCGUCUAAACCCGCUGCGAAGGACGUGAAAGACGUGAGGGAUGCGAAGGAAGUCGAGUAUGACGUCGCUGACUCGCUGGCGGGGACGGGUAUCGACCUCCGCGCCGAAGAGCAGGCCUUGGCGGAAUUCUACGGCGGGUCCUUCGAACGCGAAGCUAGGACUGGUGCGCCCGCUAACGCUCCCGGAAAUCGGGGGUCGUUUUACGGUGCUGGUUUGGCCAAUCAACCUGGCGAGCCCGUCGCUGCUGCCAGUCAGGAGGAAUAUGAAGCUGAAGUUGCCCGCAAGGUUUGGGACGACGCUGCUCAGAAGCUGGCAGCCGUGCGCAGCGUCGAGAUCAACAACCCCUUCCUCAUUAUUGCGAACCUGCACCACCGCAUUGAGAGGAUUGCUCGGGAACACGGGCUAGGUGUAAACCUGGACCUCAAAAAUGCAAACCCGGCGGGCAAAAUGAAACCGGCCCAAGAGUUCCCUCCCCCCCGGGUUACCGUUAGCACAACUCCCAGCCCUGAGGGCACAUUUGUGACAACUACCGGCUCGUUCAUCCCCCACGAUGCCUAUCUUGUCGAUCAGCUGGCCCUUGUGUCAAUCGCCACCAAACACCGUCUUCGCGAACUACUCGAGGAUGCCAACACAGUUGCCAUUCACCGCCAGACUACCGCCCACGGCGAAAUCCCCGCCGAGUGGGCCGACGUCGCAGCGCCACUUCGCACCGGUCUAGAUUCCCUUCCGGAUGACCCCAUGGAUAUUGAGGGUUCAAACACCCGGAAGCGUUCCUAUGACGAGUAUGCUACCCAGAACGCCACACAAAAAGGCGGCAGACACGGCCCAAGGAAUCUCAUGGAAGCCGUUCGCGAUGGCGCAAAGACCGACCGUGAUGUAGAAGAAGCCAGACUCCAAAAACGUCAGAAGCGGCUGAACCCAGAGCCUGUCGCUAGUGGUUCCCGCGCCGGCUCCGCCGCGCCCGGCACUCCUGGCUCUGGCGCGGCCCCCGAGACAGAGACGAAGGCGCCCUCCAAAAAGGAAUUGAAAAAGGGUGCUGCGGCCGCGAGAUUAGCCGAAGCCUCUAGCACUGCGAGCACGAAUCAAACGCUCAGCACAAUUAUGGGCCGUAAAAAGAAAGAGUAUUCCUGGUUGAAGAAGACCGGCAGUGGUGCCAGCACCCCGAGGGCCACCACAGGCGAUGCGAGUUCAGCGACUAGUGGAGACAGUGCUAAGGUUCCUGAGAAAACUACUCUUACUUCCGACCCGAGAUACCCCCGUCUCGGCACCUGGCGCGAGGACAAAGAAAAGGGGAAGAACAUUCAGCUCAGAGACUGGGUUGCCGUCCUGGAGAUGGAUGGCAUCGAGACCAGAGCCAUCCAAGAGGCGUACUUGAAGCUAGAUUCAUCCGGCCCCCGCGACAGGAACUAG